AAAUCACGUGACUUUCGAACUAAUGGCAAUGAUAAGAGAAUAUUUGUCUUUAGAAAGUUCUGUAAUAAAAUAUUCGUGUGAUAGAAAAGUUGUUUUCUUUUUUUGCUUACCUAACGUAAAAGGCGGCUGUGGUAGCGUAAGAGCGAACUGAAUUGGAGGAUACCAUGUCUGUGCCUUUUAUAUAUUUCUCAGACUUUAAAGUUCCUACUAGUGCUGAUUUGGAUCUCUUCGAAAUGGCAUCUCGGCGUGCUCCUCUACAUGGAGAUAUUAUAAUUUCAACCUUUCCUAGAUGCGGCACUACGCUCAUCCAGCACAUAGUCUUUCUACUGCUACGUGGUGGAAAACCUGCAGACAGCAUUGUUGAAGUAUUGGACGCCAUACCUUUUCCAGAACAGGAUGGUCUGCCAGAUGGAGUACAACCCAUGGCCUUGAAGUACCACUUGCCUUUCAGGUUGACACCUUUCUCAAAAGAUGCUCGCUACAUCUAUGUAGCUAGGAACCCUAAAGAUGCAUGCGUAUCAUACUAUCACUUUCUAAAGCAGGAUCUUCCCGGGUAUGAAAUUAAAAACUUCGAUUAUUUUUAUGAAGCAUUUUUGUCUGGGCAACUGCCACACGGAGACAUAUUGGACCAUAUUCUGGAAUGGUAUGAAGCAUCAACCAAAUAUUCUAAUAUUUUCUUCACCACCUACGAGUCACUAGUCAAGAAAAAAGAGGACGUAGUGAGAGAUCUCGCAAAAUUUUUGGGUUUGGCAAGACUGGAUCAUACCACUAUGAGAAAUGUGAUAUAUUACUCCAGUUUCGAAUACAUGCGGAGCUUGGCAACUCGAAAUGAUGCCUACAAAAAGUAUCUACAGGCAACUAGUCAAAAAGGAAAGGAGAAAAAGGAAACCUACCCCGAGAUGAUCCGCAAAGGACUGAUAGGUGAUUGGAGGAACCUCUUUUCAGAGGAUCAGAGCCGGCGGAUGGAUGAACACUUUGAGGCUAAAAUGAAGAACUUGAGAUUUUCUUUUGGGUGGACAAAAGAUAUGUUAUAUAAGAAAAAUUGAACAAACUUUUUCAUCACCGAAAGAUUUUAAAUGUUGAGAAAAUAUUGCAUACCACUGUCAUUUACUUCCCAUUUCCUUGUACAAUCAGUUUUACAAGAUGUGACAUUCUUUCCAAUUGUUUUUGUUGUUAUUGUUACAAAGUCUCAAAAUUGUAUCAUCAGUAAAAUAAGAAGCAAUCCAUCCACUCUAAUUUUCUGGAUCGGAAACUAUGCAAGUUGUAACAAAUAUGAAAGCUAACAACCGUAGUCCUGUCUUAACCGUAUGUCUUAGUUAAUGGAAUAAAAUUCUGUUUAUAUUUACUUGAAAAAUAUAAAAGAUAUCGGUGUGCUCUGGCAGCAGACAAAGAGGAAUGAUUGAAUUCGUAAAAAUAAGGCUCUCGUAUUAUUUGUUAUUAAACUUAAGAUUGCAAUUCAUUCGUUAGUAUUAGAAAGACAUCUUGAAAAAUAAUCUAUUUAUAUUUCCGAAAAGAAUGCGGAAACUUCUUGUUAAAUCCAUCUAACAUAGUACGAUAAUGGAAAUAUCCAAGAUUUAUUAACGGAAUAAUAUAGAAAGCUCACUGAAUGAUAUUUACCCUAGGACAAUCUUAGGCAGUAACUGCACCAGGUCAAAUGUCCAAAAUUCUUUAAUUGCACCUACAAUUUUCCUGCCAUCAGUGACAAACAAAAUCAUUCCACCGUAAUUGACAGAUGAAUAAAGCAUCAGAAUUGAAGAAUAAAACAUCAUUGUGGGACCGAGGUAUCUACAUUUUAAUGAUGCAACGGAAGAGGUUUGUGGUGGUGGCGAAAGGUUGGAUUUCAAUCACGCUUUCAAGACUGCAAUUGUAGCUUCCCACAACAACAAUCACUCAAUCAUAAACUCUGAGCGUCUUAGCUGAAAAGGAUUAUUUCGGAUCGGACCUUCGUUCGCUCCUUCUUUGGGGUAUUGGGUAUUGUGAUUAUAUAUAUAUAUAUAUAUAUAUAUA